AUGGAUAUCCACCGUUCGCGUUUCGUACCGUACCCGCCUUCCGCGAUCAACGCCCUGGCCUUCACGUACUCCGAGAGCAGGGACUUCACUGGCAAAGGAAUAAGGAACAUCAGGCUGGCGAUCGGCCGCGCAAACGGCAACAUCGAGAUCUGGAAUCCCGGGAAAGGUGAAUGGGUACAUGAGAUCACAUUAUCUGGCGGCCAGGACAGAAGCGUGGAAGGCCUGGCAUGGGUGCAAGAGCCGGAUGAGGAGGAUGCGAAUGGCUAUACCACUGACGGAAAAUUGCGCCUGUUCAGCAUUGGGUACUCGAGCGCGGUGACGGAGUGGGAUUUGGUCACCGGUCUGCCUCUGCGCCACUCCAGCGGAAACCACAGCGAAGUCUGGUGUCUCGCCGCGCAGCCCCGAUGGAGGCCUAUGAAGCUCGGUACAAAGUCGGUGGAGAGGGAGGGAGAAUUCCAUGGCCAGAACCUCGUGGCGGGCUGUGCCGACGGUACGCUUGCUUUGUUGUCCACUGCAGACAACGACCUGCGUUUUCAAAAGUUCCUGUCUCGCGCAAGUGCAAAAAAGGCCAGAGUUCUCAGUGUCGCAUGGCAGAACAGAGAUGUGGUAGUGGCCGGGUUUGCAGACAGCGCGAUCAGAGUUUUCGACACCAGGAACGGAGCGCUUCUGCGCAACAUCACGCUGGGCGCCGCAGCAGUGGGAGGACCUAGAGAAAUCCUUGUCUGGACGGUCAAGUGCCUUCCCAACGGCGACAUCGUGUCUGGCGACUCAACCGGCGAGAUACGAUUCUACGAUGGACAAAACUACUCCCAGACGCAACGCAUCUCUGGACACGAAGCCGACGUCCUCGAUAUCGCGGUCAGUGCCACGGGCCAGGUCAUAUACAGUGGUGGUAUGGAUCGCCGGACUGCAGUAUACACGCUGGGAAAUGAUAACUACGGAAACCGGAGAUGGGCAAAGGUCGCUCACAGGAGGUACCAUGAUCACGAUGUCAAGACAAUGGCGACGUACGAGAGCAAGCAAAUGAGCAUCAUGGUUUCUGGAGGUCUCGACACUCAUCCCAUCGUCCUUCCCAUUCGCGAGUUUGGCAAGGAACACAGCCGCACUCUCCCCGCUCUCCCUCAGAACCCGCCUGUCGUCAGCGCUCCCCGCGCACGUCUCCUUGUCAGCUGGUGGGAUCGCGAGGUUCGUGUCUGGCGUGUCAAGAAGCGCGACUCGAGCGGCGAGCUUCCCAAACUGGUCGCCCGUCUGGCCUUGAAGGGCGAAGAGAACAUCCAAUCCGUGUCGGUGUCUGAAGACGGGGCCGUUCUUGCCGUUUCCACUGCGGCAGAGGUGAAGGUCUUCCAAUUGUCUGCACGCAAGAGCGAGAAUGAAAGGGGUUUGCGCGUGCGCAAGCUUGAUGGCCCGUCAGAGAUUCAGUCUAAUGGUGCCCGGCUUGUGCAAGUCUCAAAGGAUGGCAAAUGGCUGGCCGUGAUCACUCACGGGAACGAGGUUUUCCUCGCUCGGCUUAUGAACGACAAGCAGGACACGGAUAAAUUGAGGAUUGUGCCUCGCGUCGUCGAGCUCCCCCGGUUGCACAGGAAACUCGAAUACCAAAAUUCACUGAACGGCAGUUGGGGCAGCUACGACCGUACAAUUACGCGUGUAGCCUUUUCUGAGGGCGUUCUCGUGGUAAGUGAUAUCGCUGGUUACCUGGACAGCUGGGUGGUUGAAGGGAAUGAAGAUUCCAUGUCGCCCGAAUAUGCCGUCGCAGAGCCCGCAAAAGCAGAAGAUGCCUCGUCGGACGACGAGGAUGAGGAUGAGAACGGACCCGUGAUCUUCUUCGGUCAGCACUGGAUCCGCAACCCCGCCGGUCAUCUUCUCCCCAAGCUCGACUCUUCCGCAUUGGUACUGUCAUUCAGGCCAUCAGGCAACUCUGCGCCGCAGCCCAAUGGGAACCCUGCUGUGCGUCCCACCCGGAAUAACCCUCAUCCGCACUCGCACGAGCUCCCGAGUGGCGAACAUCGUUUGCUAGUUGUCACUGCGCAACAUCAAGUUUACGAGUUUGACAUUCUCGAGAGCAAACUGACAGAGUGGUCGAGACGAAACCCGACAUCCGACUUUCCGGCGGAAUUCAGGGGGGUGCGGGACCGCGCCAUGGGAUGUUUGUGGGACGUCAAUGAAACGAGACAGCGGCUCUGGUUGUACGGCAGCAACUGGGUGUUCAUGUUUGACUUGGCGAGCGACUUUUCGAGCGGACAGGCAUUGGGCGAGGGUGCCGCAGACAGCCCCGACGCGGCAAAGAAGCGCAAGCGGGGUGCGGAGGAAGACCCGCUGAGGAAGCACACUAGUGGCGCGGGUAGCAAGGUGCCCGCCAGGGAAGUCCAAGGAGUGGGAAGGAAGUAUCGCAAGAUCACCGGCAUCGACGCGUCUACCUGGGUCGAUCUGGACCAUGCGCCCGCCGGUCAGGACGACGACGAUGAUGACGGCGAAGCUGAUGAAAAAUCCAACGCCCUGGCACUGCUGCGUCGGUCCGCAUCCGAAGGCGCGGACCUUGCGGCUGACGACGCGGACGAGGGACAGAACGCUGCGCAACGCAAGUCUCACUGGCACACGUACAAGUACAGGCCCAUACUGGGCAUGGUGCCGAUCAGUCAUGCGAACGGCGAGGAAAGCGGCAGCAGCAAGGAAAAAUCUGGGGCGCAAGGACAGACUCCGCUGGAAGUCGUCAUCGUCGAACGGCCGGCAUGGGAUCUCGAUUUGCCGCCAAGAUUUGUCGGCAACCACGAAAGAUAG